GCGCGCUAUCGCUUUGUACCCGGGUCCAGAAACGCGAAAAACAUCAAACCGUGAAGAUGGCAGGAAUACUGGACGUCCCGAAAACGAGGAUUAACUGCUCCAUGCUGUCACAGAACAUCAGCAAGCCGGUCUGCUUCGUUGGACGCGUGGAGAAGGUGCAUCCGACAGGAAAGACGUUCACCAUGUCUGAUGGAGACGGACAGAUCGCAACAGUUGAACUAAACGAACCCCUGGAUGAGGAGAUGAGCGGCGUUGUGGAGGUGAUCGGUAUGGUGUCAAACAAAGGCGUGAUAAUGGCCUCCACGUACAACAUGCUGCGGGAGGACAAAGGCAUCACAUUCGAUUUAGAGCUGUAUAAUGAAGCUCUGAAGCUCAUCCAUGAUUUCCCCCAGCACUACCCGUUCCAAGUGGCUGCAAGUGGAUGAAUCUCACCCUGUCCGCUGUGUUAUCUCUUCAGUCUGUUUUUGUUUUGUUGUGAGUAAAGUAAGAUGUGUACAGAAGAUAAUUUGUUAUAUCAAGUCAGUUUUGUCAAUAAAAUGUCAACGAGUUUGAACUCAA